AUGGAGGGCCUGGACAAGCCGCUUCUUGAAGCACAAGGGACAUCCCAGCUCGCCUUGAUCUUAAACUUGAUCAAUGCUACCCUGGGCUGUGGCAUCCUCAGCCUUCCCUGGGCAACUGCGGGUGCAUCUUUGGUGCCAGCAGCCCUGCUCACGCUGGUGGUGCUGGCAUCGAAUGCGGGGACGAACCUCAUCCUGGUCUAUGCAGCAGAGAAAGAACAGGUUUUCGAUUUGGGGAGCCUGCUCGGGCGCCUUCCUCAUGGAGGCCAAGUCGCAAGAGCUCUGUGUGAGGCGAUGAUCUGGAUCACGGUGUUCAUGUGCCUGGUUGGGUACUUGGUGGUCAUCGCUGACAGUCUUCAGCACCUUUUGCCGCUGCAACGGUCUAUCGCCGUCCUCGCCGGCGCCUUGGUUGUACUGCCUCUCUGCUUCAUGGAUCAGCAGCACCUUGCCUUCUCCUCCACCUUGAGCAUCGCUGCCAACCUCUACGUUUGCUGUGUGUUGGUGGUGGCCUUCUCCUUGGGCUGGAGGAAGAUGAAGAUCGCGGAUGAAACCGAUGAAGGCUGCUGCUUGCUGGGAUUUGGGCGAGGGAGCUUGGCCAUGGUAAGUGUCCUCAUGCAGGCGGCCGUGGUACAAAUGUGCAUCUUGCCAAUGUACGAGCAAAUGGAGCACAGGAACCCAGGCCGAUUCGCAAAGUGCCUGGGCAUUAGCUUUGGCUUCGUGGCCUUUCUCUUCGUCGGCUUCUCUAGCAUCGCCUAUGUUGCCAUCGGCCCUCACGUCUCUUCAAACGUGCUGAUCGACCUGCCCCACGGAACCUUCGGGGGUUUUGCUCGAGUGGUCAUGGCCUUUGCUGUGAUCGGGGUGUAUCCGAUUCUGACGUCGUCUAUGGUGGCACCCAUCCAGCACCAGUCUGGUCCAUGGCGGUCGGCCACCGUUGCUAUCGUGGUCUCAAGUGGCGUGAUUGCCUGUGUCACGACCGACCUCGGUGAGGUCAAUGUGAUCAGCGGGGCUUGCCAGGCCGCGGUGUUUGUGGCUCUCGCGCCUGCCUUGGUGGGCAUUUGCUUGCUGGAGAAGUCCAGCAACCUGUGGAGAUUCUCCAUGAUGACCUUGAUCUGUGUCGGAUUCACGGUUUGCAUUGCCGGGCUUGUGUUCACGGACAACUAUGUAGACGAGAUGGAGGCGAGCUGCCUCUGGACGGCAGGCUGGACGAACUGA